AGCGUUUCCGGGGGGCGGGAGGCUCCGGCGGAAACUGUCCCCGCGGUGGCGGCGGAGACUAAGGCCUUGGUGCGGUCGGUUUGGACGCUCCAGUAGGCUGGAGCUGCGAGCGCGGAGCCGUCGGCAGAUUGCUCUUUAAUGGCCAUGUCAUAAGGAACAGUAUCACCAGGAAGACAGCGUUGCACUGGGGAGAUGCGAGCAAACGAGUAUUCAUCCCAGAUAGGGCACCAAGGACAGAACAGAGUACGAUUCCACCAAAGUCCAACUUGGCGAACCACACUGAACAGAAUUGGUGAUGAAAUGGAGCCUGGAACAAACUCUUUUCGAGUAGAGUUUCCAGAUUUUUCCAGCACCAUUCUUCAGAAACUAAACCAGCAGCGACAACAAGGACAGUUAUGUGACGUCUCCAUUGUAGUCCAAGGCCACAUUUUCCGGGCACACAAAGCCGUUCUUGCUGCCAGUUCACCCUACUUUUGUGACCAAGUACUCCUAAAAAACAGUAGGAGAAUUGUUUUGCCUGAUGUGAUGAACCCAAGAGUGUUUGAGAACAUUCUCCUAUCUAGCUACACAGGACGCCUUGUGAUGCCUGCUCCAGAAAUUGUUAGUUACUUAACAGCAGCCAGCUUCCUGCAGAUGUGGCAUGUGGUGGACAAGUGCACUGAGGUUCUGGAGGGAAACCCCACAGUUCUGUGUCAGAAACUAAAUCAUGGCAGUGACCACCAGUCUCCCAGUAGCAGUAACUACAAUGGCCUGGUAGAGAGCUUUGAGCUGGGCUCUGCGGGGCAUACUGACUUCCCCAAAGCACAGGAACUGAGGGAUGGUGAGAAUGAAGAGGAAAGCACCAAAGAUGAGCUGUCAUCUCAACUCACUGAGCAAGAGUACUUGCCCAGUAACUCGUCCACAGAGCAUGACCGACUGAGCACCGAGAUGGCAAGCCAGGAUGGGGAGGAGGGGGCCAGCGACAGCGCUGAGUUCCACUACACCCGGCCUCUGUACAGCAAGCCCAGCAUAAUGGCUCACAAACGCUGGAUCCACGUGAAGCCUGAACGCCUGGAACAGGCGUGUGAGGGCAUGGAUGUCCAUGCAGCCUAUGACGAGCACCAGGUCACCGAGUCCAUCAACACCAUGCAGACAGAGCACUUGGUCCAGCCUUCAGGAGUGGAGGAAGACUUCCAGGUUGUGGAGAAGAAAGUGGAAGCAGAGUUUGAUGAGCAAGCAGAGGAGAGCAACUAUGACGAACAGGUGGACUUCUAUGGCUCCUCCAUGGAAGAGUUUUCUGGAGAAAGGUUGGAUGGGAACCUAAUUGGGCAUAGACAGGAGGCUGCCCUCGCAGCCGGCUACAGUGAGAAUAUUGAAAUGGUGACGGGGAUAAAAGAAGAGGCGUCCCACUUAGGAUUCUCAGCCACUGACAAGCUGUAUCCUUGUCAGUGUGGGAAAAGUUUCACACACAAGAGUCAGCGAGAUCGACACAUGAGCAUGCACCUCGGUCUUCGCCCUUAUGGCUGUGGUGUCUGUGGUAAGAAAUUCAAAAUGAAGCACCAUCUCGUGGGUCACAUGAAAAUUCAUACAGGCAUAAAACCCUAUGAAUGUAAUAUCUGUGCAAAGAGAUUUAUGUGGAGGGACAGUUUCCACAGGCAUGUGACUUCUUGUACCAAGUCCUAUGAAGCUGCAAAGGCUGAGCAGAAUACAACUGAGGCUAACUAAAAAUAGGGUCUGGCCCUUGAGUGGCAUGCACAAAAAUAAACUAUGGUAAUUAAUGCAAAUCUGGGCACAGAUGAUGCGUGCCACUUGCUAUUAUGAGAGAAGCUUAAAAAGAAAAAAAAGGAAGAUAUUUCUGAAAGACCAGCUCUAAGUAGGCCAAUUAAAAAAAUUUAAUUCCUCAAAUUUAUAUGUUCUGGUCCUGGCCUAGAAUGGAUGAUGGGGAUAAGUUCACCCAGUGCCCAGCUGGCAAGACAGCCUUUCCGGCUAGCAGUGACUGAGGCAGUGGACUUGGUGGCAGACUAACCCACCAGUGCACUCAGGUGGUAGCAGUUUUCUAUCAUGCCGUGCCCUGGGGUCCUGGUGGCUGCAGAGUUGUGAGGCUUUGCGUUGGUAGUGCAUCACUGGAUGCUACUCUCCUCGAGACUACAGCCUGACUCCUGGGCUGAGAUGUGAACAGAGCUCUUUCAUGUCUAGUUUCAUGCUUUCUAAAGUUCUAGCUGAAACUAUGGCAAUGUUAGAUAGACCUGAGUCCAAAACAGGUGACAUGGCUCCUGUCAUAGUGCUGCAGACUCUUGACAAAGCAUGAUUGUGUGUUUAGUUCUAAUUGGGGUUGAACCAUUGUGUCUCCUUUUAAGUCUAUGGGUGACAGAGAUAGGUGUUUCUAGUUGGUUUGUAACCCUAAGCUUCCUCAUUUAAUGGUAGCAUCCAGACUAGACUUCCAGCCUGCAGUGACUCAACACAGUACUGGCAGUGUCCUGUGGGGCCCCCUGCCUUAGAUCAUGGUGCUUCCCAAGAAGGGUUAGCCAGGGAUGCAUGGCUAAGAGUUACCUGUGAGCGGGACACUCCCAUGCUCAGAGUGAGAGAGAGUGUUGGCAGAGGCAGCAACUUAUAAACAGAAGGCUAUACUUGAGAAAAGUCUCAAAAAUACACUGAUCUGGGGGAUGUGGUUCAGAGGGUACACUGAACAACACUGUCACUCAGCUCCUUAUGAGACCAGGAAUGUGAGUUCAAAGUGGGAAGGGGGUCCUACCUUGAGCAGUGCCAUCUAACAGAUGAUGUUCUGUAGUCGGAGAGAAAACUGCACACAUUCACAAGUCCCAGUAGCUUAUACCUGCUCAGGGAAGAAAGGCCGCCCACCCUGCAUGGCCUGAUCUGCCUGGAGUUGGAAAGAAGUCUUGUGUUUAAGCAUGUGAUCGGCCUGAGGCUCUUACUGGGGUCUCUAGUGUGCUUUUCUUGACUGGGAUAGCAUUCUGACCAAAGGCAGCUCAGGGGAGAAAGGGUCUUUGUCAGCUUACACUACCGUGUCACAAUCCAUUCCUGACGGAUUUUCAGCAGGAACUUGAAUAUUGACAGGCAAGACUAUCAACCACAGAUGUGCCCACAGGUUGCUCUGAUUUGGGCAAUCCCUCAACUGAGACCCCCUUCCCAGGUAACUCUAGGCCACGUUAAAUUGUCAGAGCAAGCUAGACAACAGGGCAGGGUGUUGCUCCUAUGCCAUCUAUUAUUAUUGCUAAGUAGAAACUUCUUUUUCUUAAAAUAAAAAUUAUUUUUCUUGG